ACGUGUCACACGGAGCCUGGACAUGGCACCAGGAGCCUGGACAUGGCACCAGGAGCCAGGCCGUGGCACACCGAGCCCGACUGUGGCACACUGAGCCAGGCCAUGGUGCUCAUGAGCCAUUGUCUGUGGCCACUGUCACCGCGAGCAGCCGGUGCCCCGAGGGUGGUGGCAGGCAGAGCUGGCAGGAGCAGCACGCCAGGCCUGGCACCGUCAGGACCUGGGUGUGAUUAUCGUGCGCGGUGGCUCAGGCAGGUGCGGGGGAUUUGUCCCAGCAGGAUUUUCCCAGCGCCGCUGCCGUAAUCCCCUGCCCUGCCCUGACCUGACGUGGCCGGGGAGGGGUCGGGGCCGGACUCCUUUGAUGCCUCGCACCAAGGAUUGCUCCGGACAGCCACAAUGAAAGGAGGAACACCUUCCUGCACCCAGUGACGGGACAGCUCCCCGAGGACACCUCAAGGCUUGACUUGCCCAAACAGAGCUCGGACAUGUCCAGCAAGGCGGGCAGCAAGCGGCCGGCCACCGUCCCCAGCGAGCCCCCCAACCACGCCAUGGUGUCGGAGGUGCCCCCGGAGCGCCCUGGAGGCCGGGCUCCGCGCUCGUCCCGCAAGGGCAUCGCCUUCGGGAAGCGCUCCAACUCCAUGAAGAGGAACCCCAACGCCGCCGUCACCAAGAGCGGGUGGCUCUACAAGCAGGCCAGCUCGGGGGUGAAGCAGUGGAACAAGCGCUGGUUCGUGCUGGUGGAUCGAUGCCUCUUCUACUACAAAGACGAGAAGGAGGAGAACAUCCUGGGCAGCAUCCCCCUGCUCAGCUUCCGCGUGGCCGCCGUGCAGCCCUCGGACAACAUCAGCAGGAAGCACACGUUCAAGGUGACGGUGUGCUGGGUGCAGGAGCCGCCGGCGGGUAACGGGCAGUCCCUGUCUCCCCAGGCCGAGCACGCCGGCAUCCGGACCUACUUCUUCAGCGCCGAGAACACGGAGGAGCAGGAAUCCUGGAUCCAGGCCAUGGGCGAGGCCGCCCGGGUGCAGAUCCCCCCGACUCAGAGGCACGAGAAGCCGGACUCGGAGAACAUCCCCCCCAGCAAACUCCACCACCACCAGCACUGCAACGCCGCCCACCGCGAGCAGCCCAAGGCCGAGCCCGACGCCAAGACCCGCGGGGAGGGCGACGGCCGCGGCUCGGAGAAGAUGGAGCGGAAGCCGCCGGAGCGGCCGGAUGGCAAGAAGGAGCCUCUGGCCAAAGCCAACGGCCUCGCCGGGCCGGAGCCGCCCUCGGAACCGGGCAGUCCCUACCCCGAGGGGCCGCGGGGACCGGCGAGCGCCGAGCGGCCGGCACAGCCCAACGGGUGGCCGUACCCCUCGCCCAGCCGGCCCGGCAGCACCGCCUUCCCCGCGGGGGGUGACGGCGACAGCGGCGCCCAGCGCCGGGGUGUCACCCCCAGGUCCCACCCCGAGAAGGUGGCCCAGCGCAAGAGCUCCAUGACGCAGCUGCAGCAGUGGGUGAACUCCCGCCGCGCCACCGGGCCCCCCGAGGAGCUGCGCAGCCCCACCAGGUUUUACCCCGUGUCCCGCCGGGUGCCCGAUUAUUACUCGCCCUACUCGCCGCAGUACCCCGAGGAGUACCAGUACUACCCGCCGGGCGUGCGCCCCGACAGCAUCUGCUCCAUGCCCGCCUUCGACCGCGUGAGCCCGCCGUGGGCGCUGGACGACAAACGCCACUCCUUCCGCAACGGGGGUCCCUUCCACGCCGCCUUCGGUCGCCAGGAGGUCCCGCUGUGGCUGCCGGCGCCCGGGAGGCCUCCGAGCUACCUGGACGAGGUGGACGCGGCCUCAGGCUCGCUGCGGAGGAUGUCGCUGCAGCCGCGCUCGCGCUCGGUGCCGCGCUCGCCCAGCCAGGGCUCCUACGGCCGCGCCAGGGUUUACUCGCCCAUGCGCUCGCCCAGCGCCCGCUUCGAGCGGCUGCCGCCCCGCGGGGACGAGAUCUACGCCGACCCUGCCACCUUCGUGAUGCGCAGAUCCAUCAGCUCGCCCAAGUACGAUUACCUGGGUGACAGGCGGCCCGUCCCGGCCGGGGUGUACCCGUACCACUUCCCGGCGUCCCCCACCAUCCAUGACAAAAUGGAUGAACUUUUAGACCUUCAGUUGCAAAGAAACCUAGAAUAUUUGGACCAGCAGAUGAGCGAGAGCGAGACCCUCAUCACUAUGGUGAACAGGAUGGUGGAGACCUCCUCCCCUAGGGCCCAGCUCUACAUGCAAGUGACGCCCUUCCCGGAGGCCUACAGGGACACCCUGCACCCCUACAAGAUCAGCGAGCAGGACACCGAUAAGCUGCUGGGGAAGCUCUGCGAGCAGAACAAGGUGCUGCGGGAGCAGGAGAGGCUGGUGCAGCAGCUCCGGGCAGAGAAGGAGAGCCUGGAGAGUGCCCUGAUGGGGACGCACCAGGAGCUGGAGAUGUUCGGGAGCCAGCCUGCCUACCCGGAGAAGCUGCUGCACAAGAAGGAAUCGCUGCAGAACCAGCUCAUCAACAUCCGCGUGGAGCUGUCCCAGGCCAGCACGGCCCUGGCAAACAGCACGGCCGAGUACGAGAGUCUGGAGAGCGAAGUGUCCACCCUGCACGAUGACCUCUGGGAGCAGCUGAACCUGGACAUCCAGAACGAGAUGCUCAACCGGCAGAUCCAGAAGGAGAUCUGGCGGAUCCAGGACGUGAUGGAAGGGCUGAGGAAGAACAACCCCUCCCGUGGCACCGACACUGCCAAGCACCGAGUGGCUCUGGGCCCCUCGGGGACGUACAGCUCCAACAGCCCCGCCAGCCCCCUGAGCUCUGCCAGCCUCACCAGCCCCCUGAGCCCCUUCUCCCUCAUCUCCGGCUCCCAGGGAUCGCCCACCAAGCCAGGCCCCGGCGAGGAACCAGGCCCGCCUCGACCUCCCCUCCCCAAGUCCUACGUCCCCCUGGAGUCUCCUCCGGCCGUUCCUCCGCUGCCCAGCGAGAGCCGCCUCUGGCCCUACCCCGCCUCCCCUUCCUGGCACCAAGGCGGCGGAGAGGCCAAGCGGGGACAGCCCAAACCAGGCUUCGAGCAGAGCAAGAAGGAGCCGCCCCGGCCCAGCCUCCCCGGCCCCGCACCCGAGGGGCUCCCGCAGAGCCGGACAGAGCAGGACGGGGACAAACAAGCGGCUCUCAACAAGGUGGGAAUCGUCCCCCCCAGGACCAAGUCUCCGGCGGAGGACGAGGUGGUGUCCAGGAGGAACGGCCUGGCCAACGGGCUCAGCUCCCGGGAGAGACCCAAGAGCGCCGUGUUCGCCACCGAGACCAAGGUGAAGAUGAGCGUGGAGGAGCAGAUCGACCGCAUGAAGCGGCACCAGAGCGGCUCCAUGAAGGAGAAGCGGCGCAGCCUGCAGCUCCCCGGGCCCCAGCAGCUCCCCGGCCCCCAGCCCGAUGCCCCCGGCCCCAAAACCCCCUCCUCCUACAAGGUGGUGCGGCGGCACCGCAGCAUCCACGAGGUGGACAUCUCGGACCUGGAGGCCGCGCUGCGCUCCGACGAGCCCGGCAAGGUGUACGAGACGCCGCAGGAGGAGAUCGCCCGGCUGCGGAAGAUGGAGCUGGAGCCGCAGCACUACGAUGUGGACAUCAACAAGGAGCUCUCCACACCGGACAAAGUGCUGAUCCCUGAGCGCUACGUGGAGCUGGAGCCGGAAUCGCCCCUCAGCCCCGAGGAGAUGAAGGAGAAGCAGAAGAAGGUGGAAAGGAUCAAGACCCUCAUUGCCAAAUCCAGCCUGCAGAACGUCAUCCCCCUGGGCGAGGGGGAGGUGGACACCCCCCAGGACCCCGAGAUGCAGCUGCAGGAGCAGGAGAAGAGGAUCGAGAUCUCGUGUGCCCUGGCUGCCGAGGCCUCGCGCCGCGGCCGGAUGCUCUCGGCUCAGUGCGCUACCCCCAGCCCUCCCACCUCCCCAGCCUCCCCGACUCCACCGACCAACCCCCUCUCGUCCGAGCCGCCCCGGGCCGCCGACAGCAGCCACCUCAUGCGGGUGUGAGCCUGUGACCUCAAGCCCUGGCUGCUGCCGGCGCCAUCAAGUUCCAUGGGGCCACGUUUUAGUCCCCUCCUGAGGUGACACCGAACCUCUCGCCGCCGUCCUCGGUUCUCCCGGACCCCCUUCCCUCCGUCCGAUGGCGGGACCACGCGGGAGAUGUGGCACCGACGGGAGCGGCGGCUCUGACCCGUCCCAAAGAGAUGGGUGGGGGCUGGGAGUUGUCCCCAAGGAGCCCCCAGGGCUGUCAGUGGCCACAGGGACAGCUGUGACAGCGGCCACCGGCCCAGCGGGGAGCACAGGACUCCUGGGACGUCCCAAGGUCUGUGAAGGGGUUCUUGGGGUGGGGACCGGCCUGUCCCCAGCACGGAUGGUGCUCCCAACCUUCCACCGCACCUGGAUGUUCCUCCUCGGCUCCUCGGGCAUGGUUUGCCUUCCCUGAUCCCGAUUUUGAACCCAUCUGUGGCACUGCUGGUGGCUCAGCCGGAGGAAAAAGGGGACAGGAUGGAUGGAGGUGACACUGUGGGGACACGGAGGUGCCCAGGGCGCUCCAAGGGCUCUCCAAGCACGGAGCAGGAGCUCUGGGCAGGGAUGGGGAGCAGAGCAGGGAAUUGGGGUGCCCGGUGGGAUAAAGGAGCUGUGGGGUCAGCAGGGACCCCCCUCUGGAGGGUGGGGACAGCGCUGAGGAGGGGUUUGGGGACAGCAGGGUCACCUUGGCUGCCCCGUCCCGCUGUCACCCUCCGCAAAUCCCUCCCCGCGUCUCCCCCGAGCCCUUCCCGUUGCUCUCCAGCCCCUUCCAGCGGUUCGGGUUUCCUGUAGCAAAUCCCCCCUUUUCUUUAUUGUCCUGGAGGGUGGGGAAAAAGCAGAAUCCCUGGAAGGACGUGAGGGUGGCAGCGCUGGGGUGGGCAGGGAGGACGGAGCCAGGAGCUGAAUCCCAAAUCCCAGAUCCCAAAUCCCAUCCGUCCCUCCUGGGCUGAUGCCAAACCCCCCCCCAGGACCCUGCCCCGCAUCCCAAUCCUCCCCGUCUUAGCAAUACUUGUAGGAUCCCCGGAGCCCUAAAUCCCGCAGCCGAGCCUCCCUCAGCCCCUUUAGCUCAUAAAGCUGGCCCUUUAUUUUGCUAUUUACAUGCCUUAAUAUAUGUUUGAUGGAAAUUCUACAUUUAUAAUAUA